UGUUGCCUACACCCAGCCGGAUCUCAUCUGCUUGCUGACGUGUCGUCUCCCACCCCAGUGCUCCUGCUCACCACUAAACCUGCCAGCAUGGCAGCCAAGCACUUUUACCGACAAGGCUUUUUAUUACUUUUAUUUAAUUUUAUCUCAACCGCCGCCUUGGAGAAGCGAUUCUCCGACUUUAAGAGAUGCGCCGACGAGGAGUGCAGCAUGCUCCUAUGUCGUGGAAAAGCAGUGGAAGAUUUCUCAGGACCGGACUGUCGGUUCUUGUCAUUUAAGAAAUCAGAAACUGUCUAUGUAUACUACAAAUUGUCAGGAAGAAGGGCUGACAUAUGGGCUGGGAGUGUCGGAAGUCACUUUGGUUAUUUCCCAAUGGACCUACUGGCCGUAAACCAUGUUUAUACAGAUCAAGAAUUUGAAGUUCCAACAGAGGAAACAGAUUUUGUCUGUUUUGACACAGGAUUUGACCAAUUUGACAACUAUGAGAUAGAUUCACUGUUGGGUUUUCCAACGGAGGAGAGUGAUGAUGCAAAUGAAGAGAAUUCUGACGAAACCCAAGUGUCAGAGGACACUGUGAAAGACACAAGCCGACCGGAGGAGGAGGAAGAGGAGGAGGUGGUGGAUGACCAUGUAAUAGGAGCUGAGGAUAUUGGCAUGGCCCCAGAUAAUGAAAGUGCCUCUUUUUUUCAACUCGAUGUGGAAAACCAAACUCAAGAAGAAAAAGUGCCUGACACAGAAGUUAGACCUGAUGACACUGACAAUGCUGCUGAUGACCAACUGAAUGAGCAAAUUACCACCACAGACACUUUUCUUGAAGAUGCCGAGUUAGAAAAGCAUCAAACCAAAGAUGUCCACAAAGAAGACGUGGAGGAAUCUCGACUCAAAUAUGAUCUCGUGUCGGAACAUGUUACCGUCUCAACUUCUCAAGGAGAGAAAAUCUCUGGGUUAGAAACUUCCUUUGGGUCAACUUUUGAUGCUGUCAGCACAGAUGCCGAAUCCACCACGCGAGUCACUCCAUAUGAACAGGAGGAGAAUGAAAUAUUUGAAGGUCAUUCUGACCAACACAGUGAUACCGACCAGGCAAAAGCAAUGCCAUUGCUUUCUUUUUCAGAGGAAGAAGAUGACACUUCCGUGGUUACGCAAGAUGACAAAUCAAAACCUGAUCACGAGAAGGUCACAUCGACCCCAUUUGAUGACGAUAUUUCUGCUGGGAGUGACACAGAGUGGACUGGUUCAGAAGAAGUUUUGGAGGAAGAGCCUGAAUCAGAACCACCUACGAUUUUUGAUGAACCACAAAAAGACACCACACUAGAGGAUGUCAAUACAGUCCUUGGAGAUUCACCUGAUUCAGAAUUUGCCCAUCCUAAAGAAAAUGAGGAGCCGGAGAACCUCGAUGCAUUCCAUACAGGGUCACUGGAUUCUCUUUCGGUAGAUCCUAGAGAUCAGAAAGAGCCAGAGACCUUGUAUCAAAUCCCUACAGAUUCGCCAAAUUCUCUGUCUGUAGAUCCUAAAGAAACAGUGGUUGAGGAACUCUUGUUUGAUCUUGAGGAUGACGGUAGCGCCCUCGCGAUUAAGCAUGAGGAAACUCAAGCUGAAACACCUAAACCAACCGAUGCGACGGUACGUACGUUUGAUUCUAUAUCGCACACUUUACCUCAAGCUGAAUUGCACAAGAAGGUAACGGAGGCACGUAAGACGGUGCCCCAAGAGGACAGCGUCGCUAACAAAGAGACACACGAGAACAGCAUUUUAAUGGAAGAUAAGGAAGACUCCAAAGAAACUUUGGGUGAAAAUGAAACUCAAGUUCACAAAGAAGUCAUCACUCCGGAAACAAACCGUGAUGUGCCUCCAAGGGCGAUGCAAUCCAUUGGUUCAUUCAGCGAGCCUGUCAAUAAGGCAGCGGAAGAUGGCGUCUCACUCCAAGGUGCUCAUCAACACAACGAGGCACAUGUUGAUGAUGAAUCAGUUCAUGCGGAUGAGAAAAACACCGAAAUGGAUGAAGACAAAUAUGAGGGGAGUGAAGACCUACUUGAAGAUGAAAAUGCACUUUCUCUCUCGCAGUCGUAUGAUGCAAACACUGAAAACGCCUCACCAGAAACAGGCCCACACGUUACCUCAAGUCCUGAGCCGGUCUACAGCGACAGUGUGCUGCGGCUGACUCUGCUACAGGGUUAUUACACCGAAGAGAAGAUGCUGCGUUUCCAGAGGUUCCUGGGGCUCCGGAAUCUCUACAAAUUGGAAUCUAUGUUCUUGGACCUGGACACUGAGCUACAAGCUACCCGUCUUGCUCAUUCCGGCACGGUUCAAGACCUCGAAGAUGCGCUUGAGAACAUCUUGGAAACCUCGGAAAAUACCAUCCUGGAUGAAAUUGAGAACAUUCUGGAUAGCCGGCACUCAACAUAUGAUGAUGAGCAGCGGAUGGAUAUGAUAGACGAAGAAACGGAAAUACUGGAUGACUUCCAGGAGCUGGCGUUCAGUUUGAGACAGAAGUAUUCUGCAGCAAGUGAUAGCACACGUUUGGCAGAAGAGAGAACAGGAAUUAAUGAGCAAGUCAGUACAGACAAACCAGACAUGAAAGUAAAAGAUGAUUUGCCAGACAUUGACAAAGUGGACAAGGAGCCUGACGUGCCAGAAACGGACAAGGAGCCUGACGUGCCAGAAACGGAGACUGACACCAACCAUACUGUAGCGGAGUUUGUCAAACAGGCGGCAGAGAUUGAUAAAGAAGCACAGGACCUCUUGGGCGAGGAGAGUACCACACCGGAUAUUAGUGUGGGGGAAGAUGGCGGACACUUCAAUAAAAACAAAGAAAACUGUCCGAGUUUCAGCCCGUCAGACGAGAUGCAGAAGUUUCCUCAAGACACACUAGAAAGUCCCUUAGACAAGGGCCUUGGAGAAGUGGAGCGCUCGUCCUCAGGGUCUUUGGACUCCAUCGAGCCAUUGUCUGAAUUUCAUGAGGAUCAAGUGGAAUUUCUCUCAGAUGCGUUGACUUUUCUGAGUUGCUCUGUGACAGUCAUCAAGGCUAAAGUUGCAGAGUGGACCACUCUUAUAAUUUCACUACUGCCAGAAGAGUGGAAACCCGGGGAAACCCUGUUUGGCUGCCCUUGGCAGGCUGUCAUCAUCACUGCUGUGGUUGGCAUACUGACCUUCACCAUCUUCUUCUGGAAAACUGUGCUAGUGGUAAAGAGAAGGCAAUAUCUUGUGGAUGAAAAACAGCUGGCUGAUCAAAUCCAAGCACUUAAAAAAGAGAAAAAUGAUGCACUGACCCGAGUGAAUGAACUCCAGAAACAGACUGAAGAGUUGAAAGAAACCCAAAAGGACUCCGCAGAGACUGUUAGUUGUGCAAUGAAAAAAAAGCAAAAAUUGGAGAGCCUGAUUUUGGAGGCCGAAAAAAGAUAUGAAAGCAUGGUCGAAGAAAAGAAGACAUACCAAAAACAACUUGAUGAAGAAAAAGAAAACUCACUACAAAUUGGAAAUCGAAUGAAAAAAUUGGAGAAGUCAAACGAGAAGCUCGAGCUGAGCAGAAAGAAAGUUCAGGAAGCUUUGGCUAAGACGACGGUCCUCUUGGAUGAGGCCAAGAUUCGGGAAGAUGCACACAGUGUCCAGCACAAAUGCCUUUCAAAAGAGUACGCGGGGCUGAAAGAGGAAAAUAAAAACCUUAAAGUAACGAUCCGAGAGUGGGAGGACAAACACACGGCGCUGAGCGAGCAGAUUAAAGUCUAUCAGAAGGCUCAAAAAGAGCUGGAGGACUCAGUGGUGCUCAAAGAUCACAAUGUGGAGGUUUUGUCCGAGCUUCUGGCAGACCUUGACGCCUGUGAGUUACAAAAAAGCGAUGGCAAGCUAUUGUUGAAUGGCGAAGUGGCACCUGAUAAGAAGACGGCGGUAAAGAACAGGAUCAAACAGAUGAUGGAUGUCUCCAGGGUCCAGACCACGCUCACGGUGAUCGAAGAGGAGCGUGACCGCUUCAUGUCCAAACUGCUUAAUGAAGAAAAAAGCCGAAAGGCUCUGGAAGAAAAACACCAGGAGCUUGAACACAGCAUCGCAACCCUCAAAAGUGAGAAGAGCCACGUGGAAAACCAGUUCAAAGUCCUCCAGCAGAAGAAUGAAAUCAUGGUGGAAAUGUACCAGCAAAAGGAAAACGCUCUGCAGCAGAGGCUCACGAAGGAGGAGCUUGAGCGCCGCAGCAAAGAGAACCUGCUGUCCGAGGUGGGAGGCAAAGCCGUGGAGGCCGAGGAGCAAGUCAAAGUUCUGCGGCAGCGCAUUAAUGAGAUGGAAGAGCAGAUGAAGAAGACCGAGGAAGUCUAUAAGGAGCAGGUAGACUCUCACGGAGCGAAUGCGGUCAACGCUCGUAACGCGGAGCGAGCUUUGAAUCAAGAGAAGCUUGAAUCUUCCAAGCUGCGUGAGAAGUUGGCAGGACUAACCUCGCAGCUAAAUGAGCGCCGCGCUCCUCUCUUCAGACCCAACUCGGGGCAAGCUGCUGGCCCUCGCCAAGGUGAUUCAUAUGGGCCCUCCCCAGUGAGUGGGGGGGCGCCAUCCCCCCCAUUAAUGAUCGAGGGUCCCAGGCGCCCUCCCUCAGCCCCAGUGGGGCGAAGAAUUGACCCGUAUGGUCCACGCCCUCCAUCAGACCCACACAGUCGUUAUCCUGGGAUGGACAUGUCAGGCCCCCGCAGUUCAUCGCCGACCAACAUGGAUGGUUCGACUCAAGCAGUAGAGCCGCACGUAAAAGGCGAAGCGGAGGCUGAGGCCUCCAAAGAGGUUCCUGAGUCAGGUCCCGGAUCCUUCCUAGCAUCACCUAUCAGGGACUCUCCUGGCCCCAUCGGUCAAGGACCGCCACCACCUGGUCCUGGACUCCAUGAUCCACUCUUCCCUCCCGGACCUCACGGCCGCUUGCCACCCGGUGGUCCCUACAGACCUCCGAGACCACCCCUCUACCAUCCAGCGGCCGGACCCCAUGGUCCUCCUCCGAAUGUGCCUCUUCCUCCUCCUGGGCCUCCGCUCCCCUCCAACGGGCACCCGGGUAUGCCUCUGCCUGGGCCGAUGGUAGGAGACUUUGGCCCCCGCCCUGCCAAUGGACACUCAAUCCACCCCAGGCCCGGCCCAGGCCACAUCAUCGAUCCUCUGUUUCCACCGCCACCGCCGUUCCGUCCACCUCAUCAUUUUGGGCCGAUGCCACAUGGUCCUCGUGGGCUUUUGGGACCGCGCCCACCAUUCCCUCCUGACAUGCGCUUCCCAGGCCCGCGCGAGCACAGCGGCCUCCCGGCGAACAUGCCUCCUGUUGUCCCGCCACAUCCUGGUCACAGCGAAGCCUUUGGUCAGCCUCCAGCCGGCGCUCCUCGCACCUCGGCAGGAGGUCCACCCCCAAAGCGGGAGGCGUCUCAGGACUCAGCGAGGCCAGAUAUGGUCGAGCCUUAAAAAAGAAAAACGCCACCAACUGUGGCAAUGGACUUGAACACUCCCCACGAACAUGUCAUGUUAAAGUCCUAUAUAUAUAUAUAUACCAUGACUUUCAUAUCUCAGCCAUGAAAUAAAAACUUAAAUGCUAUUUUAAAACAUGGUCCUUAAAUUUAAGCAUUAUCAGUGAUUGCGUGGAAAAAUCCACAUACUCAAGAGCUGAAAGGGUUGCCACUUUUUUUUUUUUUUUUGGAACAUCUUAUUGUGCAAUAAUUCACUGUAUGUCAAAGGAUUUGUGUUUGAAAAUAUAGCAAUUGCUUUUUUAAAGGUUCUUAAAUGUCAUUUCCUGUGGAAAUUAUUUUUUAAAAGGCGGGGAUAGAAAGGUUUAGCUUCUAGCAUUUCAGCAUCAAACAUUUUCUCAAAAGUUUCCUUUGGAGCUGACUGUAAAGGAAAUGUGUCAUUUGAUGGCCAGAUGUAUAACUUAUUUUACUAUGUUGGUAGAAUCCUUUCAAUAAUAAAGAAUGCAAAAUCA